UUUUCAAUUCUUGAUCCACGAUUGUUUUCUUUUCUUAUUCCCAUUCUCUCUUCUUUCUCUCUCUCGCAGACGACCUUUCUUUCUUCCUCGCUCAUAUUUUUGAAAGACAGGAACCUUUUCUGCUUAUUGUUAUUAUUCUACCAUUCCUUCUAUUUCAUUUAUUUUGUCAUUUCACGAUGGCUGCAUCCGCGGAGCCUGAUCGGUCUACUACUGAGAGUCAACCUUUUAAAGAACAGCAGUGGCAGCAUCAAGACCCGAAUUGGGCACCCUUACCCCGAGCCCAUACUCAGUACGACAGAGCUAACCGAUCAGGGGCCAAAAAGGAGAAGGAGGGUGAUAAAGACGAAGGAGAAGAAGAAGACGAGUAUGAAAAACGAAUCAAACGAACAGGUUGUAGUACUGAGAAUGAGGCUUUACAGCUUUGUUAUGCUGAAAAGCAUGAUUGGAGGGCCUGCAAGGAUGCAAUGAAUGCUUUCCGAGAAUGUUGGAAGCGUAACGGUAACGUGCAAGCUGAAGUUUAGAAAAGCCCUUGCUCAAAAAAUAAAAAAAAUUUCAUGUGGU